GGAUGAGAAGCGUGAACAGGCGAGGAUCUGUAGGAAUCUACGGUGUUGGCAAAGCCGCCGUGCACCCCCCCGCACUUGCCGUCCUCAGCCACACCCCAGAAGGAGCCACCCAGACCAUUGCGUGGGUGGGCAAAGGGAUCGUCUACGACACCGGGGGUCUCAGCAUCAAAGGGAAGACCACCAUGCCGGGGAUGAAGAGGGACUGUGGGGGUGCUGCAGCUGUGCUGGGGGCCUUCAGAGCUGCCAUCAAGCAGGGUUUCAAAGACAACCUCCACGCUGUGUUCUGCUUGGCCGAGAACUCAGUGGGUCCCAACGCGACGAGGCCAGAUGACAUCCACCUGCUGUACUCAGGAAAGACUGUGGAAAUCAACAACACUGACGCUGAGGGCAGGCUGGUCCUGGCGGAUGGGGUGUCCUACGCCUGCAAGGACCUGGGUGCGGACAUCAUCCUGGACAUAGCCACGCUGACCGGAGCGCAGGGCAUUGCCACGGGCAAGUACCACGCUGCGGUGCUCACCAACAGCGCGGAGUGGGAGGCGGCCUGCGUGAAGGCUGGGACGAGGUGCGGAGACCUGGUGCACCCGCUGGUCUACUGCCCCGAGCUGCACUUCAGCGAGUUCACCUCGGCCGUAGCUGACAUGAAGAACUCCGUGGCGGACCGGGACAACAGCCCCAGCUCCUGUGCUGGCCUUUUCAUCGCCUCACACAUUGGCUUUGACUGGCCUGGGGUUUGGGUCCACCUGGACAUCGCUGCGCCCGUGCACGCCGGGGAGCGUGCCACGGGCUUCGGCGUGGCUCUCCUGCUGGCACUCUUCGGCCGGGCCUCUGAGGACCCUCUGCUGAACCUGGUGUCCCCACUUGGCUGUGAAGCGGAUGCCCCGGAGGCCGACGCGGAGAGGGACUCCAAGAGGCGCAGGCUCGUGUGAGGCCGGCCGCUCCCCGGCCCCCUUGUGACACAAGGCUCUUUACCUCACUUUGCACUGAUUAAUUUUAAGCAAUUGGAAGAUUAUACCUUAAGAUAGGCUUUGGUUUGUUUUUAUCUUUAGUUGUCACAGUGAUAGAAACAGCUCCUUCGUUAAGACAGCUCAGGGUCUGGGGGAUGGCCCGGGGUGGGGGGGGCGCUGGGGCUUGCGGCUGUUUGAGUUACCCACCAGGCCUCCUGCCGGCUUCUUCACACUCUCCUCCCUGCAGGGGCCUCCGCACGCACGCACGACCUUGAGGCUCCGGGACGCACAGAUGACCCUGCCGCCUUGGCCAGGUGGCCUUUGGGCCUUCUGUCCCUGCUCAGUGCCCGCAGGGGGUGCCCGUGGCCUUAUCCUGGACAGGCCCCCAGCCCCCUCGCAUGGCAUCCACGUCAUGGAGAGCCCAGGCCGUGCUCCAGCCAGGGCAGCUGCUGCCUCCAGGCAGCCCACCCCUUUGAAAGGAUGGAAGUAACUUGUUUCAGGGACCCAAUUUUACGGAAGCAAGCGAGUCUCUGGGCCCUUAGGAGUCCCUGGAGGGUGAAGUAAAUAUGGCCGCAUCACAUUA